AUGGCCGACAUGAAGAAGUCAAGCAUCAGCAUUCCAGGUGGAGACACCAAUGUGCAAGAGGCCGGGGAGACCGAUAUUCCACCAACGUACGUUCGAAAGAUUGUGUGGAAACUCGACUUAUGUCUUCUGCCGGUCUUGGCCGUUUGCUAUAUGUUCCAAUUCAUGGACAAGGCAACUCUUGGUUAUGCAACACUCCUGGGUAUCAUCACGGAUGCGAACCUCCACGGCACUGAGUAUUCAUGGAUCAACUCCAUCUUCUACUUCGGAUACUUUUUCAUGUCGUACCCGAAUUCGUUCCUGACCGUUCGUCUGCCGAUCGGGAAAUACCUUUCUGGAACGGUGAUUGUGUGGGGUGGGCUGCUGAUGGCUCACGCAGGCUGCCACAGCUUUGCCGGCUUGAUGGUCACCCGAUUCCUGCUCGGGUGCGCGGAAGCUUGUGUAGCCCCUGGCUUCAGCCUGAUGACGGGCAUGUUUUACAAACGAGAGGAGCAGCCUUUGAGACAUGGACUUUGGUUCUUGGGAAACUCCACAGCCGCGACCUUCGGAGGCCUGGUAGCCUGGGGAAUUGGGCACCUUAACGGGAGCCUCGCUAAAUGGCAGUACCUCUUCCUCAUCCUGGGAGCCUUGACGAGCGCGUGGGGCGUCGUCAUGCUCUACGUUCUCCCGGAUACGAUCACCAAUGCCCGAUUUCUAACCCAGGAUGAAAGAACGGUGGCCAUCGAGCGGGUCAAGGGCAACCGGACCGCCGUUUCCGAUUGGACUUUCAAGUGGUCUCAAAUGUGGGAGGCUCUGUGCGAUAUCCAAGUCUGGCUUUUGUGCCUGAACAUGCUGGGCUCGAUGCUUGUGAACUCGGGUCUGAUUGCCUUUCAAUCCAUCGUCAUCAAAGGAUUAGGCUAUGCCGGGCUCGAAGCGCUUCUGCUGCAGAUGCCCGGUGGAGCUGUUCAGAUUAUUCUGGUGACACUAUCCUCCAUCUGCGCCAGCUUUGUGAAAGGAAGCCGAAUCUUCAUGCUGAUCGGUUUCUCCACGAUCGCUCUGAUAGGAUCCAUCGUCGUCUACACCCUGAGCGAUGAGCACAAAGUCGGUAAACUCAUCGGGGUUUACCUGAUGGGUGCCUUCGCAUGCAACAUUCCCAUUUCCAUGUCGCUGAUCUCAUCCAACAUUGCUGGCGCGACCAAAAAGGCUACGGCGGGAUCCAUGCUGUUCGUCGCUUACUGCGUGGGCAACAUCAUUAGCCCACAGGCUUUCCUGACAAAGGAGGCUCCAAGAUACCCGACCGGCUUCAAGGUCUGCAUGGCGGGAUUGGCGCUCAGUGUAGUUGCCGCCAUUGCUCUGAGAUUUUACCUUCAGUGGAAGAACUACCAAAGGGCUGGACAUGGAGCAAGUACGCAAGGGGAAGGGGAAGGGGAAGGGGAUGAGCAUAUUGGUGCCAGUGACGAUAAUAUAAGAGACGUGAAUGCGGAUCGAACCGAUAAGGAGAUGAAGAAUUUUGUGUACUUGUACUAG